ACACUGACGAUUACUGCGCUCAGUUCAUGUGCACAAUUCGCACCGUACGGCAGCAUGUUCGAAUACCUUAUUCCGCUAAUGUGUCAAUAUGUAUUCCUUCAGGAGCUCUUCGAAUUAAACUGUGACAUACAGCAGCUGAAAGCGGUCGAUCCCAACUAUGGCGUUACGUGGAUGUUUAUGCCGGACGACCAAGGCAAUCCGAUCAUUGUUGAUCUUACCGAACCGAACGAUACGAGCACAUCCACCGGAAGGAGGAACCAAAUUCACGAAGAUGUCGUGUUUUACUAUUACCGGCAAUCCACGAUCAACUCUCCCAGCUCGUUUCGCUUCAUCAAUGACCCAGCGACACCGUUGGCACUGAAUAACACCUAUGAUCCAACAUUACCCACCAAGUUCGUCAUACACGGAUGGAAGAACUCGGUCGUUAGCCCUGUGUCGCAAAACAUCAAGAAUAGCUACCUCCAGCGGGAAGAUCUUAAUGUAAUAGUGGUCGACUGGGGUCCUUUGGCAUCGGACACACUGUACUUCCGGGCUGCUUCAUCAACGCGGGACGUGGGAAGACACGUUGGUGGGUUGAUCGAUCGUAUGGUAGUGGAGCGCGGCACAAAUCUGAACGAUGUUCACAUCAUUGGCCACAGUCUCGGGGCACACACGUCCGGUUUCACGGGUCAAGCGAUACGGAGUGGAAGGGUUGCGCGCGUUACUGGGCUUGAUCCAGCGCUGCCCGGAUUUACCGAUCAACAACCGGAUAAAUUGCUUGAUCCGAGCGAUGCACAGUUCGUCGACGUGAUACACACGUGUGCCGGGAUGCUUGGACAUGAUCGCAACCUUGGGCAUGUGGAUUUUUGGCCCAAUGGAGGACGUGUCAAUCAGCCAGGAUGUGGUGGAAUCGAUGAUUUCGUGGGCGCUUGCAGUCACGGACGAUCCUACGAAUUUUACGCCGAAUCGGUCACACGACCGACAGCGUUCAAAGCAUAUCCAUGUCGCAGUGCGGACGAGUUUCGUGAAGCCAAAUGUCGGUCUGAUUCAAUUCCGAUGGGUGACGCCACACCCAACACUGCUCGGGGUAACCAUUUCCUCGAAACGAACGCUAAACCGGAAUAUGGGAAAGGAAUUUAG